AGGCCCAUUACUCUAUAUGGGCCGGUCGACGAUGUCCUGGACAAAAACCUCCUGCAGUCGUUUUCACCUCCUCCCUCUCUCACGGCGGCUUUUCUGGCGACGGCGGCGGCGGCGACGACGAGCAGCCACCUGGUACGCCCUUCCCUACCCUUCCCUUGACUUACCCUGCCUCCCCUUUCUGCUGUGCGAAACUGAGCACUCCAAAACCCUACCGUGCCGCCGCUUCCCCUCCUCUCCUCCUCUCCGCGCCACUCCGUGCUGCCGAUCCCUUCCUCUCAACCUGGGGAUCGCGGCUGUGUUCAACUUCAGCUGGUGUUCGGAUUCUUCGUCAGCGGCUGGCGAGGACAGCUAGAGCGCCCGCCAACAAUCUCAGGACUCAGGUUAUGGGGGGCAGAGGUUCCUCUUUCUUUAGGCCUUGUUCGGCAGGGGUUGCAUGGAUUGAGAGGGGAAGAGCAGGUAGCAGGAAAUGGCGGCGUUCCUGAGGUCAAAAUGUUCACCAGUUGGACGUACUUUGAUGGGAAGCCUUGGAAAUAGUUUGUUUGGGGCUGCCAACUCUUCUGUUGGGGCAAUAACAAGGCCUUCUCAUUGCGAUGCUAUCAGUCAGCAAAUCAGAACAUUCAUCCAGAUGAGGACUAACCUGAAGGUGGUCGAUAACUCCGGGGCCAAGCGGGUGAUGUGCAUCCAGUCCCUGAGGGGGAAGAAAGGAGCAAGGCUCGGGGACAUGAUCAUCGGAUCCGUAAAGGAGGCCCAGCCUCGUGGCAAGGUCAAGAAAGGAGACGUAGUCUACGGCGUGGUCGUCCGUGCCGCCAUGAAGAAAGGACGCAGCGAUGGCAGCGAGGUCCAGUUCGACGACAACGCGGUGGUCCUCGUGAACAAGAAGGGCGAGCUGAUCGGCACCCGCGUCUUUGGCCCCGUCCCCCACGAGCUGAGGAAGAAGAAGCACCUCAAGAUCCUGGCCCUGGCUGAACACAUUGUUUGAGGUGUGUCGCAUAGCCAAGUGUUUGUGGGAAUGUUUUUUUUUGUGUGUUCUCUGUUUGAAUAAUGCAUUGUGAAACGAUAGCAUGGACCGUUUGAACUAUUUUGAUGACAUUGCUCGUCCAUUUGGAUGGCCAAUACGUGUCGUGAUCGAUUCUGGAGUUCCAUUUUUUUUUGUUA